AUCCCUUGUGAACAUGCUAACCAACCACCGGCAGCAAAGAAUCAACGAAGAGAGCAAUUGAGAAAAGCGAGGUGUUAUCCGUACAAAUCUAUGGCCUCUGCAAUGUUAAAGCGAUCGGCGACGGUGGCUGCGUCAUGGCGGCGAGCCUUCGCCUCCGUGGCGGUGGGGACGGAUCUGGUCUCCGCCGCGCCGGACGUUUCUCUCCAGAAAGCUCGGAGCUGGGACGAAGGCGUCGCCUCUAAGUUCGCCACUACACCUCUCAAAGACAUAUUUAAGGACAAAAAAGUAGUCAUCUUUGGGCUUCCUGGUGCUUUCACUGGAGUUUGUUCGGCCCAGCAUGUUCCUAGUUACAAGAAAAACAUUGAUAAGUUCAAGGGCAAAGGAAUUGAUCAUGUAAUAUGCGUAGCUGUUAAUGAUCCAUAUACCAUGAAUGGUUGGGCAGAGAAAAUUGAAGCCAAAGAUGCUAUUGAAUUUUAUGGCGACUUUGAUGGGAGCUUCAACAAGAGCUUGGACUUGGGAAUAGAUCUCUCUGCUGCUUUGCUUGGGCAUCGCUCUCACCGAUGGUCGGCAUAUGUGGUUGAUGGGAAGGUUAAGGUUCUUAAUGUGGAGAAAGCCCCAUCUGAGUUUGAGGUUUCAGGUGGGGAUGUAAUCUUGGGACAGAUAUGAACCAGUCUCAGUUUCUUCCAUAAUCCAAGCAGCCAUCUUGAUAUUUUGUAUGUAAUUAUACUUUAUCCCCUAUUGAAGUAGUGACUACAUGGUUAAUAAUGCAAAUGUUUUUGUUUUUCUUGUUCUUGUUUUUGUUUUUGUGUUUUUGGUGGGUAAGUAAUAAUGCAAAAUUUAAUGUUGUUGAAGCGUCAAAAAUGCUAUUGCCAGAGGUAGACUUGUUCAAUGAUUUCUUUUGCUCUGUGUGCCUUAGGAUUCCCACUUUUUGUUGAUAGUUUAGGAAGUCAUUUAACUCAGAUUUUGACACCAUAUCAUUAAGCAAGUGAUUACUUACUUUUUUGU